GAAGCAUUUACUGGCCAUAUGUAUGGUAAUAGCUCCACAGACAUGUAUAGACGUAGUUUCUCGGAUAUAGGGUCAAGUAGUGGACACGCUGAUUCCGAAAAUAUGACCGUGGAGGUAGUGAAUGAGUUAAUAGAACCAGUGGGAGACGUCAAUAGAGGACUGCCUCAAUCAAAAGUCUCCCGAUUACCAACUCAUAAGUAUGGAGAAACGCCCAAAUGCAGGUGGUGGUGGGAAAAGAAAAAGAAGUUUGUCGCAGAUGAUUCACAGUGUUCGAUAUGCCUAAUCGACUUUGAGAAGGGAGAUAGAUUAACCACAUUGACCCCUUGUAAUCAUAUCUACCAUACAGAUUGCAUUUCAGAGUGGUUGAAAAAAAGCACGGUAUGCUGUGUGUGCAAACGCAAGGUCUAUUGUUAAGGUGUUAAAUAGUAAUUUAUCACCAAAUAAAAUCAUGAAACUCGAAAAAUUAUCAUCCAUGGUGGAAAUUUCUUCUUUUUUUUUUCUUUCUAUUUAUCGUAUUUUAAUAUUUAAAUGUGUUCACUAAGUAACUAUAUAAAGAAUUGUUGUGCAUAUGAUGUGAACAUGUUAGAAAUAUAGCAAAAUAUGUCAAACCAGAUAAGUCAAAACUUUGAAACAUAAAAUGAAAAUGCAAGAAAAAAUAUAGUAAUAUAAUUUACAGUAUAGAUAAUUAAACGAGUUUUUACUUUUGUUAUAUUAGAAAAUCAAAAGAAUUGAAGCGUUGGUUCGACACACCAAUCAUAUCUACUACAUUUUCUCAGUGACCAAAAUUCUUAGUUCUGAGGCUGAUCCAGAU